UCACAUCACAUUCAGUCAGCAAUUUAACAUUUUAUAAGUCGGUCAGUCAUAUAGGAAAUGGUUAUGUAGUUGGUUCGGUUGUAAUUCGGUAAAGGACAGUUGCGUCUCAUAGAUUUUCGAAAAUACCUACUAAAUGUUGACUGGCUCCAAAAACAUUCCCAAGUAGGACUUUAUAUUUCGGUUUUGUGUUCUUGUAGGUAAUGUGUGUAUAAUAAAAUUAUCUUUAUAAUUAUUUCUUUUGAGAAAUAACUCUAAAUCUAUUGAAGACUUGCAGUGUAUGUUUUGUAAGCACCAUGGACCAGAGUGGUAUUAGUCCAAAUACUUCCAAUCAGGAGCUGGUGAUAAAUAGUGACAAUGAUUCUGCUACGGCGCUGCUGCAGGAGAAGCAAGAAAGACGAAAUGAGACUUUAAGGGAUGUCAGUUUUGUAGAAUACAUGACUGUCGGAAUAUUGUGUUUCGUCAAUCUCAUCAACUAUAUGGAUAGAUUCACUCUUGCAGGAGUGCUGACACAUGUCAAGGCAGAAUUCAAUAUCGGUGAUGACAGCGCCGGCUUCCUCCAGACGGUGUUUGUCGUCGCGUACAUGGUCUUCGCGCCCAUUUUCGGGUACCUGGGCGAUAGGUACUCGAGACGUACCAUCAUGGCGUUUGGAGUUGGUCUCUGGAGUAUGACAACUUUGUUUGGAUCAUUUAUCACCAAUUUCACAUGGUUCGCGUUUUUCCGCGGGCUGGUGGGCAUCGGCGAGGCGUCGUACUCGACAAUCGCUCCUACCAUCAUUAGCGAUUUGUUCGUGGGUAACGUCCGUUCAAAGAUGCUGGCUAUCUUCUAUUUCGCCAUACCAGUUGGCAGUGGCAUGGGUUAUAUUGUGGGUUCAGUAGCGGGAGGUGUAGCUGGCGAUUGGCGUUGGGGCCUUCGUGUCACCCCGGUACUGGGUGCUCUCGCUGUCGGGCUCAUUGCUUUAGUCAUGAGAGAUCCAGAGCGAGGAGCGGCAGAAGACAGCCACAUGACAGCUACUUCCUACAAGGACGACUUGCGCUCACUCAUUAAGAAUCCAUCGUUUAUGCUGUGCACAUUUGCGUUUACGUGCGUGACGUUUGUGACUGGCGCUUUGGCCUGGUGGGGGCCGCAGUUCAUAUUCCUCGGCCUCAAUUUACAGAAUGGAAUGGACAUGUCGCUGGAAAGGGUUUCACUAAUCUUCGGCGGGCUCACGAUGGUAUCCGGACUUUUGGGAGUGCCGCUUGGAUCGUGGCUUGGCGCCGGUCUAGUGAAACAGUAUCCGCGGGCACAUCCCAUCAUCUGCGGCGCGGGACUGCUGCUAUCGGCGCCCGCCAUGACAGUCGCCGUAGCGAUAGCGGACCAAUCAUUCUACGCCCCAUUCAUCUUCAUGUUACUGGCCGAAGUCACUUUGAAUCUCAACUGGGCAAUAGUGGCCGAUAUGUCGCUGUAUGUUGUUAUACCACCUCGUCGAUCGACCGCAGAAGCCUUCUUAAUCUUAAUAUCACAUAUGUUUGGAGAUGCUGGAAGCCCAUAUUUGGUUGGAGUGAUAUCUGAAAGUCUGAAGAAGUCUUUGUCUUUGACGCCAACUGAAGAGCCCUCUGCCAGUGUGCAGUUUAGGGCGUUGCAGUACUCUUUGUUCACCACAUGUUUUGUCGAAGUGAUUGGAGGCGUAUUCUUCUUGCUUACUGCGAUUUACAUUGUCAGAGACAAACUGAAAGUGGACACAGCGAUUGCGAAUGCUGUCGCUCAGAGAACGGAGCCAUCACACAGUACAGCACAAGAAGAAAACUCCAAUGAAUAGACCUGAAGUCAGAUUAGGUAUUAUAAAAAUACAUUAGGUAAAAUCUAGUGUUUUAAUCAAUUAACUACAAUGUAGAUUCCUCUAUGACAUGUUUUUCGUAACUGGCCUUGCGGAAUUUAUUUUAUAGUUAGUUGAUUUGCAACAUUUAAUGGAAGACUGAAAUGAGAAUGCCGUAUGCGUGACUUAUUAGGGCGGGUUAUGAAGAUGAGUCGAGACAAAUGAGUGGAAUGUAAUUUAGAAAAUAAGGGUUUAGGAAGUAAAAUCGCUUCAUUUUGGGUAUUUAAAAAAAAAAGUAUUUUUACUGUCCUCAUCAUUUUAUACUUUUUCAUGAUUAUUUAAUGAUGAAAAUUGAUUUAAUCUCUUAAGUACCUCAAGAGAUAGACUAUAAUCUGCUGUUACCUAUUAGUUAAGAACAUCCUUAUUUUACUUAUAAAUGCAGAAAAUUAAAAGUUGAAUGCUGAGUCUUCGAUUUUAUGGCAUUAUUGCACUAAAUUAUUUUAAUGGUUGUAUUUUUAGAAUUACUGAAUUCAUUUUAAUUUAUUUGUGUUGAUGUUUUAUUUCUAACAAGUUAAUUGUAAUAUUAAUUUGCAACAAUAAAUAAAAAUCAAUAAUUUUCAUUUUAUAUACUAAUGUAUAAUACAUAUAUUCAUACAGUUUAACGGUUUAAUUUGUUAAUAAGGUACAAAUUCUAAAAGUUCCUAUUAAAUAUUUAUGAACUGAAUAAAUUUGCUCUUAAACAUUCGCAGCAUCAUGACAAUAAUUCUGUUAUCAGUAUGUACGUAUAUACUGUGGGAUCAGUCGUCAAAAGAAAAAAAUAACGCUUUUAGAAUAGAUAAAACAUAUCUCAUAUAUGUAAGGGCAGGUUCAUAUCUGAAGAUCGUAUCAGAUCGGUCGCGGAAACGCGAGAACUGACAAACACAUGACAUUCAACCUUUCACACUCGACGCAUAUAAUAAUAUUGACUCGAUCGACUUUUGUGAGACGCUCGACCAAUUUUUCGGAAGAUUUGCACCAACCCUAAUCCAUGUAGUUUUUGUCACAAAGUUAUAUGUAUGUAAAACGUGUUGGAUUUGUUAACCACACAGAAGUAUACUUGCCAGUGUAACUGCUGCAUGUUUCUAUGGGCUAGUUAAACUGUAUUGAAUAUGAGGAAAGACUGAAUUAAUAAUGAUCACGUUGUAACGGUGGCAAAACACAAUUGUUUAAUGUAAAUAUUGUGUAAAAUAUCAUGGAAUUGAAGAAAAAUAUAAUUUAUUUU